AGAUUCCUUCGAGAGUUGAAGAAAAAAGUGAAAAAUAAAGCGCACGUCGAAGCAUCUAUUUGUCAGGCGUAUAUAACGGAGGAGAUUUCCACAUUUGCAUCAUACUACUUUGAGAGUCACGUAAGAUGCAAACGGCGGCGUGUUGGGCGAAAUGAUGACAGCGGAGGUGCAACAUCAAGGGGAGCUUUUUCAAUUUUUAACUAUCCUGGUCGAGGAUCUGGAAAAGAGCAUCAUCGGUUUGUCGUUGGGGAGGAGUUACAAAUCGCUCAAACAUAUGUAUUAGUGAAUUGCCCUGAAGUAGAUCCAUAUUUAAGGCAAUUUAUUGAAAACUUUCAAGGUCAAGAUGAGAGUGAACUCGAUAAAUUGAUAUCUUCUCAAUUCGCACAAUGGUUCAAAGAUUUUGUACAUUCUCCUGUUAAUGGUAUUAGUGAUCCACUUUUAUCUUCUCUGGCUUGGGGCCCAAAAUCUCGUGCAACUACUUGGCCUAUGUAUUUCAUUAAUGGGUAUAAUUAUCAUACUGUUGAAAGGGGAUUGAAUAAAGCAACAUACAAUAGUGGUGUGUGUGUUCGCUCUUCCAAUUACGCCAAUUCUGAUACCGAUUGGUAUGGCUCUCUUGAGGAUAUUAUCCAGCUUGACUAUCCUGGCCCACUUGGAUUACAUGUUGUCUUAUUUAAAUGUUCAUGGAUUGAUCCUAUCAGGGGGGUAAGAAAACAUCACAAGUACAACAUUGUAGAUGUUAAUUUUAAGUACAAGUACAAAGUGAAUGAGCCAUUUAUUCUAGCCCAACAAGCCGCACAAGUUUACUAUGCAAGCUAUCCAUCUAUGAGAAAAGGAAGUGAUUGGUUGUGCGCAUGCAAGACAAGUACAAAAAGGACACUGAUCGAAAAUGUAAAAGAAGAUGAAUUUGCAUAUCAGCCUAAUGAACCAGAUGCAGUGCCCCAAAUCGAGCCGAUUGAGACUAUGCCUCCUUUACGUGAUCCCAGUGGCAUUGAGUUACAUGUUGAUCCUGAGGAUGCCAUUGAACCAACUAACGCGGG